GGUCGGGUCAUGUGACCACACCACUGGCUCCUCUGAAGGGAAAUUCUAUUAGCUGAGCCGAGUCUGCUUUGCUCCCAAUCUGUGCCGCGUCGCCGGCAGCUACGCUGUGUUGCCUUUUUAACUGACUGCGAUACGAAAAUAAAAGGUUUGCGGUCAGGCCACUGAGAUAAAGCCAACGUUGGAGGAGAGGACACACACGGUUGUCGCAGAGAUUCAGUCCGUCUUUCCCCAGUUGUACUUUUCCACGCCAGACUCUUCCUCUACGUCGCUCUAGGAGCUGUGAAGCUGGGAGAAACGACACCCAGCCACCAGCAAAAACCACCCGACCCACCGUGAUGGCAUCCAGCGACAUGGAAAGUCGAGCUGAUGGAUCUUUGUUCUCGGACCAGAUCCCAUCAGAACUGGACGCUCUGUGUCCGUCUCCUCCUGGACCAUCCAGACCUCAAAGGAACUAUGAGAGGAUUGGAGGACAAACGGGAACCUCAUUUUGUCAGACUCUGAUCCACUUGUUGAAAGGGAACAUCGGUACCGGCCUGCUGGGGCUGCCUCUGGCUGUCAAAAAUGCAGGACUGGUGGUGGGGCCAGUCAGUCUUCUGAUCAUGGGAAUCAUCGCUGUCCACUGCAUGAAGCUGCUGGUGAAGAGUUCCCACCACCUCGGUUCUAAGAUGGACAGACCGACUCUGUCUUACGGUGAGGUGAUGCAGUAUGGGAUGGAAAAUGUCUCGUGGCUGAGGAGACAUUCUCAGUGGGGAAAACGGAUGGUGAACUUAUUCCUCAUUAUCACCCAGCUGGGCUUCUGCUGCGUCUACUUUGUCUUCCUGAGUGACAAUGUCAAGCAGGUGGUGGAAGCAGCCAAUGCCACCACCGUCAGCUGCCAGGUGAACCACACCAACCAGACCGAAAUCCUGGUUCCGAGCUUCGACUCCCGCCUCUACAUGCUCUGCUUUCUGCCCUUCAUCAUCCUGCUGGUUUUCAUCCGUAACCUGAAGUACUUGGCGCCCUUCUCUCUGUUGGCAAACCUGGUCAUGACUGUUAGUUUGGUCCUCAUCUACAUCUACUCCCUCAUGCACAUCACGUACCCCAUCAACCUACCUAAGGCCGGCAGAGCAAAGGACUACCCUCUGUUUUUUGGGACGGCCAUUUUUGCCUUUGAAGGAAUUGGAGUGGUUCUUCCUCUGGAAAAUAAGAUGCAGACGCCUCAGAAGUUCCCCCAGGUUCUGUAUUUGGGUAUGGGCAUCGUCACCAUCCUCUACAUCAGCCUCGGCACCAUAGGAUAUCUCUGCUUUGGCGAGCACAUUGGUGGGAGCAUCACUCUGAACCUACCCAACUGCUGGACGUACCAGGUGGUGAAACUGCUCUACUGUUUUGGCAUAUUCAUCACUUUCGCCCUGCAGUUCUACGUACCAGCAGAAAUCAUAAUUCCACGUAUCCUGGCCAACGUUCCAGAGAGGUGGGAGAAGACCGUUGACCUGCUGGUUCGCACCGCCCUCGUCUUCAUCACGUGCACCCUCGCCAUCCUGAUACCGGAGCUGGACCUAGUCAUCUCAUUGGUCGGCUCAGUCAGCAGCAGUUUCCUGGCUCUCAUCUUUCCUCCCAUCUUGCAGCUUCUAGCGUUUCACACGGAGGGCACGUCUCCACUGGUGUUCGUCAAGAACCUAAUUAUCAGCCUGUUUGGUUUCAUCGGCUUCAUUGCAGGAACUUACAUUGCCAUUGUGGAAAUCAUCACCCGAAAUGGGCAAAAACAUGAAGGGGACCUUUCCACCUACGUAGUCCAGUGAUGCUGACCAUCAGCAGGUCGUUGCAGCCACUCUGAACCAUUUAGAUCAGUUUUAUCUGUAUUCCUGUUAUAAUUUGCUGCUGUUUGACAGGGAUUUUAAUGUAAUCAUGCCACAUUUUACAUCUCCAUCUUGUUUAAAGUCCAGCUUAGUGCAAUCUAAAAGUAAUGCAAUAUUAGUAUUCCUUCAUGUCGGAAUCAUUACCAGAUUCUAAGAGAUCAGAGGAGUUUUAGAGGUAAUUUAUUUUACGUAAAGGCUGAGAAUAUCCAUGUUCAGUCAAGAGAUCAAACUACCUCAAUAACUGCUACUGAUUUUAACACCAACAUUCAACACAGAUAUUGUAGAAUUUUACCUUCAUCUUGAAUAUGUUUCUGUUUACAGCUUUAGUUUUACCAGUCAGUGUCCUGUCACAUUUAAAAAGAACGAGUUCUUGCACUUUGAUUUAUGCCUUAUUCAGUGAAGCUGUGCACUUUAGACUUGUAAUAAUAUCAUAGUUUUGUUAAGAAAAAAUAAAGGAUUUCUGUUUUCAUAUUAACUAAUUAUUGCGCUUUUGACCUCUUCUUAGAUCUUCUGGUGAUUACACAAACGUCUGAGCUCCUUAUGGAUUUAACAUGUGAGGCAUAGCUGCUGUAAUCAUGAUGAAACCGAUGUUGGUCCACAUUUCGUUUCUGAAAGCAGUAAAAAAGAAUAAAUAAAUAACUCAUGUAAUUUUUUUUCUCUUUUGAAACAAAAUGAGUCCCGAUGACAUGCACAUUGUCACUUUUGGGUUUUUGAGGUAUUUAAUAUAAAAGGAUGUAACUGCAAACUCACAAAUGGUACAAACGUUUCCAUUUAAUUAAAAUUAAUUCAACAUUUUUCUCUUUUAUGACAAGAUAUAAAGCUUUUACACAACAAACUGCAUCUAAAUCUAAAGGAUUUCAUAACAAGGGAGGUUAAAAAACACAAAGAAAUCAAAUAAUUAAGUCCUAUUAGACACCCCGCUGUGGAACAGUAAUAUCAAGGACAAAUAGAUUUGCUCUACUUUUAUAAUGAAGAGGCUCUUCUGUGUUUUUAAAAGUAUAUUUUUAUUUUUAGUGAGAAUUCUAAUCUAGUAGUCGUGAUUUUUUUCUUAAUAGAUCUAUUUUAUUUAAUGCAGAACAUGCAUUUUAAACCAAUCUUAAGUUUUAAGUACAGAGAAGCUCUGCAUGUAAAAUAAUGUAACACGUCUGUAAAGACCACACCAGCAGUAGUUUUUCAUAAAUGGAAAACCGUGUCCAUCUUCAGUGUGAGACAGAUAAAAUCUGAGUUUGUUUACAGUGCUUAUGUGGCAGUAUCAACCAGAGAAAAACUGUUUUUAGUGUAAAUACAGAAAACAAAGCGAGCUGUGGGCCUUAUGUGUAUAAAUGACUAAGUUUUUUUUUUAUCAUGUGUGUAUUCAUCCCUCUGUUGCAUAUGUAAAUAUUUGCAUACAAAUAGAAUCUUUUUAGCACACCAUUUUUCUUCCAUUUAGAUUAACUUUUGUGCCGAAAUAAGAGAAUUGAGUUCACCAGAAUAUGUAAAUGGUUUUCAGAUUUGAGUGUGACCUCCUCCUAGGAGUCGUCAGAACUUUUAAAAGUUCUUUAUCUGCUGAACCACGUCCACACAUUUUUACCUUUUCACAUUAGUUUUUCAUUUAACUCAAAAUAAAUGACAAUGAAAGCAUCAA